AGCCCGAUGCAUUAGGAGUUGGCUGCUAAAGUUUCACCGCCACAACAUCGACCCAGAAUCAUGACGCCCAGUCCAAAUCUUGGUCCCAAAAUAAAAAAUCAACCGCAAUAGACUGAGACGACAUGGGCGCGUACAAGUACAUGCAGGAGCUAUGGAGGAAGAAGCAGUCGGACGUGAUGCGCUUUCUGCUCCGCGUCCGGUGCUGGCAGUACCGCCAGCUCUCCGGACUUCACCGGGCUCCCAGGCCCACUAGACCCGACAAGGCUCGCCGGCUCGGGUACAAGGCCAAGCAAGGGUACGUGGUGUACCGUAUACGCGUCCGCCGCGGGGGCAGGAAACGCCCCGUUCCGAAGGGGGCCACGUACGGCAAGCCCGUCCACCACGGGGUCAACCAGAUCAAGUUCGCCCGCAGCCUGCAGUCCACUGCUGAGGAGCGUGCUGGCCGUCACUGUGGCGCCCUGCGGGUGCUGAACUCCUAUUGGGUGGGCGAGGACUCCACCUACAAGUUCUUCGAGGUGAUCCUGAUGGACCCGUUCCACAAGGCGGUGCGGCGGAACCCGGACACGCAGUGGAUCACCCGCGCCGUGCACAAGCACCGGGAGAUGCGCGGCCUGACGUCCGCGGGGAAGAAGAGCCGGGGCCUGGGCAAGGGCCACAAGUUCCACCUGACCAUCGGGGGCUCCCGCCGGGCCGCCUGGAGGAGACGCAACACCCUGCAGCUCCACCGCUACCGCUAGGGGGCGCCCUGCGCCUCCACUCUGCCCUCAGCCCAAUAAAAGCGCUCUUUUCUUUCUUUGGAA